AUGGCCCACUGGCAAGACUUGACAGCCCAUGCUCAGCCUACGCCUGAGUUUGGGAAUUACGCUCGGAUGGCCCUUCUUGAGACGGGCAACGACACACUAACACCGGCAGAGGUCCAACAGCUUCGAGCACUUGUUGCUAGCGAUGAAACAGAGCUCGCUCAUAUUCACCGAGCAAUGCUGCAGCUUACAGCCCGCGAAGAAGUCGUGCGUGCAGGGAUGAAGAAGAAGCUCAGUAUACUCUGUUUCAUCAGGCGUCUUCCACCCGAAAUCAUCGCCGAGAUAUUCACCGUCUGGCGUGAGUCUGGGGGACGUUUCGGUAGCCGAACAAACACUACCUUGUGGCCCACAUCUCAUCUCACUGGCGCAAGAUCGCUUUCAACACUCCCCGCCUCCUUCCUCCUACGAUCUGGACCCCAUCCUAUCGAUUUGGAGCCCACAGUGGGCGACACAGUCCUCCGCUCGAAAUCGUUCGAAGGGGCAGAACAUUUUCUUAAAGCUCUCAUCCCAAGUAUGAGUCGACUCCAAAAGCUUUCGCUGAGAGGGCUUCCCGGUAUCGCUUGGGAAGCGCUGGACAGUGGUACUCCACAGGCGUCGUAUUCGAUGCCCAUUCUCGAAGAAUUAUAUGUUCGCGGAGACAUUCCGCCACCACAAGGAUCUGCUACCGGAAUCUCCGUCUUCCUCGACGCUCCUCGCCUUCGAUGCGUGUCCCUCAGUACUGUUGGUGAUGAGGGCGCCGAUCGCUUGCUUAUGCCGUGGUCAAGGCUUGAAACUCUCGACAUUUCCUGGUCCACUGCCGCAGAUGUACGUCCGGUCCUCCUCCAGAGUCUCUCCCUGGAGCGUUGCCACUUAUCGAGCGUGGAUACCUGGGACGAAGACGAGCAUGUACCUGCCAUUCCCUUGCAUACCUUCCCUUAUCUUCACGAAUUCGACAUCUGCUUCGAAUAUGAUGCCGGCGACGAUGCAACAGGCGGCGGGAUGCAGUUCUUCCAGCCCCUCAGCAUGCCUGCUCUUGCCCACCUACGACUUGGCGCGAUUGCGGCCCACAGCGCACGUAAAGUUCCCCUCCUCGUCCUAUACGUAUUCACGCGUUCAAAAAUCCUUACGUCUCUUUCCAUCUAUGGGAUCGUUUUCGAUGUGGGAGAGAUGCUCCAGGUCCUCCGUCUUCUACCCAUCCUGGAGGAGUUGCGCUGCGAAAGAGGUUACAUCGCCAAUGACGAACUCUUCGAAGCUCUCCAGUACAGCGGCCCCCCCAAUGCUGGCACUACGUUAGUGCCGCGCCUCCAAGAUUUAUUCAUUUUCGAAGACAACCAGGAGCUGGGAAAUACAACUACUCAGAUAAUCGAGGACAUGGUAUUGUCUCGGUGGUGGUCAGAUGCUCAUGCAGAGACAGCACAGCAAUAUGUGGCACGAUGGAGGAGUAUUCACUUGUGUUGGGAAGGUCUUGGAGAGUGGAAGUUCCACGAAGAUGAGGCAUUUCGGGAGACGCUGCAGCAAUGCCGACAAGAAGGGUUGCAAAUAAAGGUUUAUUCUGGAGAAUUUGCGUUCUAG